AUGGAUCAAUUGUGCAUCAUCUCCAACGCCAGCAGCCUUCAGGGCAAGCUCAACAUGUUCAAAGACGAUAUCCGCUUCCUCCACCCGGUCUGCGGGGAUGGAACUGUCAUCUCGAACACAGCGAGAAUUUUCACAGCAUGGGAGAGACCGAAAUGCUCCGUGGUCUGCUCACCAGCUCCUGGCCAGUUGUGA